AUGACAUUUUCAUGGAUGACACAAUUCAUUCAAGUGAACAAUGAUUACCCUGCUUUCUUUAAAAUUGGUAUUAUGAUUUCAGGAAGUGAAAUACCAAGUUGGUUCAACAAUCAGAGUGUUGGUAGUUCAUUACCAGUAUCUCCCGUAAUGCAGGACAAGCGCAAUAAUGUCGUUGGCUUUUUAUGUUGCAUAGUAUUUUCGAUAGCACCUUAUCCUCCAAAAGUGACAAGAGAUUCUCAAUGGAAACGUGGGAUAUGUAUGACAGUGUAUCCAACAUCGUUACGUCCUGCUUCACAUCUUUUGGUAGUUGAUAAUGAAGAUAUUAUUAGUGUCAAAUCAAAUCACAUAUGGCUAAUCUAUUUCCCGUUGGAGUCAUUUUCUCGUGCUGUGUUUGAUCAUAUUCGUGUUGAAAUUAUUAGCGACGAUGACUUGGAGUUCAACUCAACAACAAUGUUAGCUCUGAAGCGCAAGUUUUUGGAAAUUGAAGAUGAGGCACAACCUCAGCCACAUUCAUUCAGAUGA